AUGCCAACGAUCUACAAGAGUGUCCCAUGCAAGGAGUUUAUGCCAGAUGAAGUUUUCGAAUGUGAUCGCGUGUGUAAGAAAGUGAAAUCGUGUGGAUUGCAUAAGUGCCAAAAGAAAUGUUGCCAAGAGGAUCAGCAUAUUUGUAUGCAGAUAUGUGACAAAAUGCUAAACUGCGGUAAGCACCGAUGUGAACGUUUGUGCCAUCCCGGUCAAUGUUCUCCUUGUACACAUGCAAGUUUUGAUGAAGAGUUUUAUCAACUGGCAGAGUGCACUUAUCCGUGUCGAAGGGAACAUGCUUGUAACCACGAAGUUACGCACAAUUGUCAUCGAGAAGAAAAUUGCCCACCUUGUAUGGUCUUGACAAGUAAAAUGUGUGCUGGGGGGCAUGAGACGAGAAAGAAUAUUCCCUGUCAUCUUGAGACAAUUUCUUGUGGGCGCCCUUGUGGUAAAGCUCUACGAUGUGGAAUUCAUGAAUGUGAUAAGCGAUGUCACCGUGGUGAAUGCGAAAAGGAUGAUGAAAUUUGUCCUGCAUCGGAUUGCAAAGAAAAGAUGACCGUUUUGUGUGAAUGUGGACGAAGGAAAGAAGCUCUUCGUUGUGUUGAUGUGUUGAAAAAUGUGGAAAGACUGCGAGCGAUUCGUGCCGAGGAGGAAGAAAAUCGCAACGCAACGGCUGCUGGACCAAUUAAAAUUCUUCGUCGAUCAGCAAGUAUGGAUCGUCUUAACAGGUGUUUGCCUUGUGAUAGUGAAUGCAAUCGUGUAGCCCGAAUCAAAUCGAUGGCUGAAGCUCUUGACAUUCAGGUUGAUGACAAUGGAGACCAACUUCAGUGUGCUCCAAUUACAUAUUCGGAGUACUUGCGCUACGUGAUGAAAAAUCAAGCGGACUUUCUGAUGUUGAUCGAGAAAGCUUUUGUGGAUCUAGUUCGUCGAGAUUUGGGCGACAAUGGUAUAUGUCACAACUUUAAGCCUAUGCGAAUUGAGGCUCGUCGGGCAGUGCACGAGUAUGCUGUGUACUUUGGAUUAAGCAGUGAGAGUGUGGACUCUGGCGCGCAAAGAAGUGUUGUUGUUACUGGAAAGAAGUGCUCUGCACGUAUUCCUACAGUAACUUUAUCAGCUUACGCGGCUCGAUUUCCAAAGAAGCUUCUCCAAACGGGCCCAAUCAACAUUAGCAGUGAAUGUGUUAACGCUAUGAUCAAUGUCAAAGCGCCAACAUUGACUUCGGAAGAACCUCAGAUGAAGCCGCUUGAAACAAAAUUGAAAGCUGUCCGCCGUCGCCCACCUCCAACUUUGCAAACGACGGUGGUGCCGAUCUCAAUUGCUAAUGCAUUUUCGGCAUUGGCCGAAGAAGACGAAGAGCAGCACGAGAAAAAAACUUCAACGUUCGAUCCAUUUGCCGAUGAGCCAAUUGCGAAGUCACACGAAAGUGAAAAGGGGGCUUUUACACCGGAAUCAUCUCUGGUUUGCACCGAAUCUUUUGGUGCUCCAAAUGCUCCCGAUUCUUGGGAAGAUGGUGAACAAGAAGUGUCCUCAGAUGUUGAACAAAAAGUGCCUCCAGAUGCUUCACUAGAG